UCCUGCGCGCUGAGGCUCCGGCGGACCGCUGGCGGACAUGGCCGCUUCCCGCUUCCCCCCAGCGACGCUAACAUUAAAGCAGUUCAUAAGAAGGCAACAAGUUCUUCUCCUCUACAGAAGGAUUUUGCAAACAAUUCGGCAAGUUCCAAAUGAUUCUGAUCGCAAAUACCUGAAAGAUUGGGCAAGGGAAGAAUUCAAAAGAAACAAAAGUGCCACCGAAGAGGACACAAUCCGGAUGAUGAUUACACAAGGCAAUAUGCAGCUCAAAGAGUUAGAAAAAACACUUACUUUAGCAAAAUCUUAACAACUAUAGCAUUAUUCUCAAGAAUUUUCAAAGUCUCCAUGUGUUUUGUUGCAUUUAGGAUUAAAGAUGGACAGCACAAAGCCCAGUCUUACUAUUUGUAUGUACAGUAUUUGCUGCAUUUUGGAAAUGUUUAUGGAUGUCUCCGCAGUUUUUAAAAGAAGCAAAAACCGGCCUGGCGCGGUGGCUCAGGCCUGUAAUCCCAGCACUUUGGGAGGCCGAGGCGGGUGGAUCACGAGGUCAAGAGAUCGAGACCAUCCUGGUCAACAUGGUGAAACUCCGUCUCUACUAAAAAUACAAAAAUUAGCUGGGCAUGGUGGCGCAUGCCUGUAAUCCCAGCUACACAGGAGGCUGAGGCAGGAGAAUUGCCUGAACCCAGGAGGCGGAGGUUGUGGUGAGCCGAGAUCGCGCCAUUGCACUCCAGCCUGGGCAACAAGAGUGAAACUCCGUCUC